AUAUUUUUGGUGAUAUCUAAGUGUGUUAUGAAAGAAAAAUUGUCCCAAGGAACGUAAUCCAAACCCAGGCUCGGUACAUUAGCUGUUCUCUUUAGGCAUACCCGUCCACUUUUCUAGAGAGGAUAUCGCGUACAAUGUAGGAAAAGACACGGUCGACUUAAGCCACGUAUGAAUUACCUAAUACAAAUGUUGGCUCGAAAUUCCUCUAAACUUGUGCAUAUUGCAAAAUCUACGCUUACCCGAGUUACAGUUGGUUCAAAGGCAGUUUUACCUGUUAACCGAAUUUCUCGGGCUUUUCAUUCCAAACUGAUCACCAUAUCUCAACCAGAUAUGAAGAUCCGGCUGCUUCCUGCCCUAGAUGACAAUUACAUGUACCUCCUGAUCGACGAAGACACGAAACAGUGCGCAGCAGUGGAUCCCGUGGAACCAGAAAAGAUUAUGAAAGCCAUCAAGGAGGAGGGCUGCACCUUGACAACAAUCCUAACAACACAUCAUCAUUGGGAUCAUGCUAGCGGAAAUGAUAAACUGGUAAAACUGGUUCCCGACCAGAAGUUGCUUGUCUACGGGGGUGAUGACAGAAUACCAGCUCUCAGCAAUAAAGUGGGACAUGGGGAAGUUUUCAAGGUCGGAAAUUUAAAUGUCAAGUGCUUAUUCACGCCUUGUCAUACCACCGGCCACAUCUGUUACUUUGUCACAAGUACGAAUGGGGAACAGCCAGCAGUAUUUACAGGAGAUACCUUGUUCGUGGGAGGAUGUGGAAAAUUUUUUGAAGGAAGUGCGGAUAUGAUGUAUUCAGCCCUUGUCACAAUAUUAUCCAAGUUGUCAGGGAAUACACGUGUGUUUUGUGGACAUGAGUAUACAGUGAACAACCUGAAGUAUGCCCGUCACGUGGAGCCGGAGAAUCAGAAUGUAAAAGACAAAUUUACCUGGGCAAAGAUGCAGAGAGAUAAUAACUGCCCCACAAUCCCUUCUACAAUAGAGGAAGAACUUAAAAUCAACCCAUUUAUGAGAGUUGAGGACCCAAAUGUGCAAAAGCAUUGUGGGAAAAGUGACCCAGUUUCUACCAUGGGAUUUUUACGGGAAGAAAAGAACAGCUUCCGCGGCUAGCUAUGAUCUACAUGCAGUGCCUAUAUAUAGAAAUAUAAUGGCAAUAUAUUACAGACUUAGAAAUUGGAUUGAAUAAAUGUGAGAAUGACAGAUUUAUUACACCUAGAAGUGCUCAAUGUAUAACGUGAUGUUUACAGUUAUGGUGGCAUUGAAAUUGAUAUUCAGAGUUGUAAAUCUAUGCUUGCACUGAUGGAACUAGCUGUUUAUUACAGUAGAAAACCUGUCAAUAUGAUACUGCUUGAGUAUGAUUAUGAUACAUUGUAUAUGAUUUGUAUGAUGAUUUUUUUCACACCACAUAAACCAUUUCUUAAUUAAUCAAA